GUGCCUUGCGGCACACACACCGGCGGAGAGCUGGGCGGCGGCGGCACCACGGGAGGCCUUUCCGUUCCAGCGGCUGCUAACGACCACGCUGAGGCGACAUGGAAGUGAAGGAUGCGAACGCGGCACUGCUCAGUAACUAUGAGGUGUACCAGUUACUAACAGACCUCAAAGAGCAGCGGAAGGAGAGUGGGAAGAACAAGCAUAGUGCUGGGCAGCAGAACUUGAAUGCCAUCACCUAUGAGACAUUAAAAUACAUAUCAAAAACACCAUGCAGGAACCAGAGUCCCGAGAUCGUUCAAGAAUUCCUCACAGCAAUGAAAAGCCACAAGCUGACCAAAGCUGAGAAGCUUCAGCUGCUGAACCACAGGCCCAUGACUGCUGUCGAGAUCCAGCUGAUGGUGGAGGAGAGUGAAGAGCGUCUCACGGAGGAGCAGAUUGAAGCCCUUCUGCAUACUGUCACUAGCAUUCUGCCUGCAGGCCCAGAGGAAGAACAGAGUAAAAGCACUAGCAAUGAUGUGGCGAUGGAAGAGGAAGACCCAGCAUAAUGUGCACAGCUGGCCAGGUUGUUCGUGAAGUUCAAAACCCCAGCAGCCAUUUCCUGGAUGUUCAGCGAUUGUGUAUUUGGUUUUACCCCCUCUCUCAAUAUGCCUGAUCUCAGGGUUGGUUGGGAAAAAUCACAAAACUAAGAUAAAAAGAAAUCUUUGUGCUUUGGGGUCAAGAAACAUGGGAUCAGAGAAGGGGCAGAGAACUCAAGAUGAGGGAACGUGGCUGUGCAGCCCUCUGGGGUAGAAAGACUUAUGUGGCCUCUGCUGCACUUGUACACAGUGGUAAGCUAGUAAGGUGCUUUGAUGGCUGUGUUGUAGGCAAUGGCAGGAGCUCCUGGGUGAGAGCAGAGUUGUGGGAAUGGGCUCAGAUGGUUGGAAGCACCCAGAGCUGCACACAGCUGCUCCAGGAGAAUGAGCCAGAGCUUAGCUCACUCUAGAGGAAUGUCCUCAGCAGUAACAGGAGGUGAGAGCCCAGCUUGGUCUACAUUGUUAGGAACACACAUGUGAACACAGGCUACCAUGCCUGCAUGCCACAUACAUACAAAAAAUUAGUCCGUUUUCUAUUGCUGGAAACAACUCCAUAGCCUUGGUAAGGGACAAGAAAAAGAGACUUAUGGGCUCAUGGUUCUGGUCCCAGGUCAUAGGGAGUCCUGGGUAUGGACCUCUUAUUGCCAGAAUGCUGGAGUGGCAUAGGAUACCACCUGAUGGAAAACGAGAAGCGUUUGUUUAUUUUCAGUCUCUAGUAGCCCAAAUUGUCCUUGAACUCAGUAUGUAGCCCACUGUGUCAUCAGACUUUUGAUGAUUCUUCUGCCUCAGCCUCCUGAGUGCUGGUCCACAUAGCAAGUUCCA